AUGGCCUCUACAUUUGGAAGGUGCUCAUUGGUCCUUAUUCCUUUAACCAUAUGGCUAUUGGUUAAAGCCAGUGUGGAUGUAUGCCCGAGAGGAGACUUGACUGUGAGGCCUUUCCUAGUCAUUCCCCUCGGAUCCUCCGUGAAUAUUUCCUGCUCUUUGAAGCCCAAACAAGGCUGCUCCGACCCAAACUUCAACCAGCUAAUCCUCUACCAGGCAGAGCACAGAAUCAAUACUCAGCGUGGGCACCUUCUCAGUUCUCAAGUCAAGGGACUUCCCCUGGGCACGACCUUGUUCAUCUGCAAACUAACCUGUAACAGAAGAGAGGAGCGACAAGUGUGCGGGGCUGAGGUCUUCGUCGGUGUGACCCCAGAAGAGCCUCGAAGCUUAUCUUGUAUGCAGAGUGGAAAACAUGGGACUGUGGCCUGCACAUGGGACCGAGGACGAAACACCCACCUAAUUACUGUGUAUACUUUACAGUUAAAUGGACCAAGAAAUUUAACUUGGCAAAAGCAGUGUAAUAAUCCUAAUUGCGACCAUAUGGACCUUGGGAUCAACCUGGCCUCAGAGGCCCCUGAAUUCAACUAUACUGCCAAGGUCACUGCAACCAAUAAGCUUGGCCGAGCUUCUUCCUUGCCGUCCACAUUCACAUUCUCGGACAUAGUGAGGCCUCUUCCUCCAUGGGAUCUCAGCAUCCAGUAUGUCAAUGGUACUGCGAGCAAGUGUCUUCUUCAGUGGAGGGAUGAAGAGAUGGUGCAGCUUAAUAGACUUAGAUAUCGGCCCCAUCACAGCAGAUCUUGGAAUAUGGUCAAUGCUACAAAUGCUAAAGGAAGAUAUGACUUGUUGGAUCUGAAACCAUUUACAGGAUAUGAAAUUCAAAUUUCCUCUAAGCUGCAUCUUUAUAAAGGUAGUUGGAGUAAUUGGAGUAAAACAUUGCAAACCCAAACUCCAGAAGAAGAACCUACUGGGAUGUUAGAUGUUUGGUACAUGAAACAGGACAUAGAUCACAAAAGACAACAAAUUUCUCUUUUCUGGAAGAACCUGAGCAUUUCAGAGGCCAGAGGCCAGAUCCUCCACUAUGAGGUAACCUUGCAGGAUGAGACUGGAGAGGAGCCUCCCCAAGAGAGCACUACCAAGCACACCUCCUGGAGCACCAUGGUUCCCAGAACUGGGCACUGGGCAGCAACAGUGUCUGCAGUGAACUCCAAAGGCAUUUCCCUGCCAACCCGUAUUUCCAUAACGGACCUAUGUGGAGUCGAAUGGCUGGCCCCUCGUCAGGUCUCUGCCCACUCAGAGGGCACAGACACCAUCAUGGUGACAUGGGAAGCUCCAGAUAAUGCAACCUCUUCUGUCCAGGAAUAUGUGGUGGAGUGGCAGGAGCUCUGGCCCAAGGGUGACAUCCCCACCCUGGACUGGCUGCGGAGUUCCCCCUACAACAGGUCUGCUGGGAUUUCAGAGAGCCUAAAGCCCUUUGUCUGUUAUAAAUUCCGGGUGCAUGCGCAGGCUGGGUACCAGAGAGGAUGUGGCUCCAGCCGGGCUGACAUCCAGAGUAAAGCACCUCGGAGGGGGCCCCACAUUCAUUCCAUCGCAGAGGAAAAGGGCCACGUUUUUAUUUCGUGGGAUGGAAUUCCAGCUGAAGAUCAGAUGGGUUGCAUCCUUCACUACCGGAUAUACUGGCAGGAGCAGGAUUCCAGGUCCCAGCCACACCUCCAAGAAUUUCCCUAUCAGGACUCCCCAAAUUCACACCCCAUAGACAGCCUGCAGCCCCAAGUGACAUACAUCCUGUGGAUGACCGCCCUGACAGCUGCUGGGGAAAGUCCUCAAGGAAAUAAAAGGGAAUUCCGGCUGCAAGGUAAAGUCAGAUGGAUCCUGUUGGUGGCCUCAGGCAUCUGCAUAGCCAUCCUCAUUGCGGGCAUUUGCUCAGUGCGGCGCUUCCGGCAAAAGGCAUUUGUUCUCCUGACCACCCUCAGGCCUCAGUGGUGGAGCCGAGAAAUUCCAGACCCAGCAAACAGCUCUUGGGCAAAGAUACAUCCCACAGUGGAGGAAACAACACUGCUGCAAGCCACCUGCCUCCUGACAGGCUGGCUCACCUGUGAAGAGCCUGAGCCUCUGGUCAUCAAUGAAGUCCUUAGUCAAGCGACCUCAACCCACAGACAUCCCCAAUGUCCCAACUUGCCAGAAAAAAGACAAGAAAUCCAAAAUCACUGUACCCCCGAAGAUCGAGUGUAUGAUGCCCCGAGUUCAGCCCCCUCAGGUGGUCUCACAACAGAGGCGGGGGAACUAGUAGAGCUAUACAAGAUGUUGGGGUGCAGGGGCCCAGACUCAAAGCCAGGAGACCCACCCAGCCCCUUAACAAUCCUUCCUGUGGGCUACCUUCCCACCCAGGAAGGCUACUUACCCUCCAACAUAGCAGACCACCCUGCACAGGCAGCUCCCACAACUGACAGUCCAGAACAGGGACCUCAGCACAUCUCUCUCUCGAUUUUCCCCUCAAUUUCUCUUCACCCGCUCCCCCUUUCCUAUGGUGAGAAGCUGACUCUGGACCAGCUGAAGAUGCGCCGUGACUCACUUGUGCUCUGA